AUGGCGAACGGAGAUCCUUUGACGUUGAAAAGGCCGAAGAAGUUGAUAAUUUGCUGCGAUGGAACAUGGAUUGACAGCAACAACAGCAAGCUCGAGAACAACGGCUCCCACGCUCAUCCCAAAUUGGAGGUGCAGGACCCGUCCAAUGUGACGCGCAUUGGCCGGGCGCUCCCGGUCUCGGACUCGCAGCAGCGGCCACAGAUUGUCUUCUACCAGGCGGGCGUCGGCACGGGGCCCAACCUGGUUGAAAAGCUCGUGGGCGGCGGCACGGGGAGCGGGCUGUCGGAGAACGUGUGCGAGGCGUACGGCUUCCUGGCCAACAAUUACCAGCCCGGUGAUGCUGUCUACCUAACGGGCUUCUCGCGCGGCGCCUUCACGGCCCGCAGCAUCGCGGCGCUGAUCGACGCCGUCGGACUGUUGACGAAGACGGCCAUGCGGCACUUCUUCCGCGUGUUUGAGGACUUUGAGCGUGCGGGCCAAGAAGGCCAUGAGACUUCCAUCACGCAGGAGAUCCGGGACUUCAAAAUUGAGAUGCCCUCCGCAAAGAAGCCGUUGAUCGAGAGGCGGAAAGAGUAUCUUGCACAGUAUCUCAAGGAACUAAUGCGGCUGGACAAGACACGGGAAAUUCCUAUUCAAGCAAUCGGGGUCUGGGACACCGUCGGCGCCCUCGGUAUUCCCACUAUCGCGCACCUCCAACGUCUCGGCCUCCCUUCCUUCCUAGCCGAUCCGCUCAUGGUCCCCAACCCCUAUCGCUUCACCGACACGACCAUCGGCAAGAACGUCCGCUUCGCCUUCCAGGCGCUCGCGCUCGACGAGGAGCGUACCAGCUUCAUGCCGACGGUCUGGGAGCAGCCCGACGCCGCUGACGACGACGACAACAACAACAACAACAACAACAACAACAACAACAGCAACAGCACAACCGUCCUGAAGCAAGUCUGGUUCCCAGGCACGCACGCCAACGUCGGCGGCAGCGAGUCGGACAGCGGGCUGGCAGACGUGUCGCUGGCCUGGAUGAUGAGCGAGCUGGAAAAAGCCGGGCUCGAGUUCGACGAGAGCUACCUGGCCGACCAGUGGCGCCAGAACCGCUUCGAGUACGCCGAGCGCGAGGCGGACCGCAAGCUCAUCUCGCACGCGUCGUCGUUCUUCCACCACCCCGUCUCCACCCUCGCCUCCGCCACCUCCACCACCCUCCUCCGCCUCCUCCGCUCCCCGCUCUCCUUCCUCCCGGCCACCGUCGGCUCCCACCACGACGAAAAGGACGACGAGCAGGUGGACAGCGAGGAGGCACGCGCCCUCCGCGCCGCCGCCCGCGACGAAUCCGAACCCCACUGGGCCCUGACCCGCCUCGACGACUCGGCCGCCAACGUCACGGCGCUGGGCGGCCUCGCGCCACGCACGCCGCGCGCCCACCGCCGCGUCGACUACGCGACGGGCAAGCAGACGAGCGAGAUCCUGCAGGGCACGCGCGAGCGCGUGCAUGCGAGCGUGCGGGUGCGGGUGCAGGCGCGCGGCAGGGGGUACGAUGGGCAUGGCGUGUAUCGCGCUGAGGCGUUGAGGAGGAAUGGGUGGGUGCUGGAGAGGGGGGAGGGGGAUCAGGGGGGGCAGCAGGGGCGGUGGAGGUGGGUUAAUAAGGAUGGCGGGAAGGAGGUCAGAGGGAAGGUAUUGGAGGAGGAUGAGUUAGGAAGGUUCGAGGUUAUGUUGUUGAGGGAGGAUGCGGAUGUUGCGGCGUGGGUGCUCGGCAUCGUUCCUAUACACUUCGCCGCCGCGUCUAUGAAGUCCUCCACGCACCGCCGUAAAAUGAACGACUACACUGAAGACGACGAUGACAACGACUUAUUUGAGCACAAUGACCGCCACAAGAAGAGCAACAAGGCCAAUAACCCCGACACGCAGAUUCCUUCAGUGGAAUGCUCCGUUGCCUUCGAUUUUGAGCUUGAAGAGGAUUUCGACGAAGAGGAGCUUUGGCAGGAGGUUGGACCACUGAAGAGGAAGAAACGCUACCGUCACUUCUCGAACAGGAGGUCUUUCAAAGCCAGCUCCGCGAAGACCUGUUCUUCAUUCAGGUCGUUCUGUCGCGCCUAUAUCGACGGUAUUGUCGUCUUUAGCCGCACCAAGCAGGAACACAAGGAGCACAUCCGGAGCGUGCUUAAACAGAUGGAUCUGCUCGGAAUCAGCCUCGCCCCUACCAAGACUUUUGUCGGCUACCCUUGCACCACUUUACUCGGGCAGAGGGUCUUCUCCUUUGGCCUUGGUACCGCUCAGGAAAAGGUUCAAGCCAUUCUCGAUAUGCCUUUUCCUGAGACUCUGAAGGACCUAGAGCAUUGGUUGGGCAUGACAGGCUACAUCAGCAGCCGCAUUCCAUAUUACGCUGAGAUGGUCAAACCGCUCCAAGAUCAGAAGACCUUUCUUCCCCCGACGGCAGGUAACGCCUUUUGUGACUGGGUCGUACGAAUGUUUUUCUGGUCAUCCAUCUCCCUCUAUCUCGUUUUCCCGAUCCGAGACAUGUUGCUUUUCUUUCCUUACAUGUAG